GGAAAUAGUGUGGAUAGUCAGUAUACUUAUUGGUCAUAGUAUGGGUAUAGCCAAACGUUCCUGGAUGUCUUACUAAAUUCGCCAAAAUACGAAGUAUACAAACAGUGGACGCUAUUUCUGCACGUUUCGGGCCCAUUUUUUUUGGUCACAUACACAUGGUCAGCAGAUGUUAUUGUGAGAGCAGCGAACAUGUUAUGUUGGCUGACAAUUUGUUAGUUAUGGUAUCCUUUUGAACCGACGGACAAAAGCUCUGAAUUUAUAAGAUUGAAUUUACUGAACACACCCAAACAAUCUGACAACCCAAAAUCGUAUAAUGUCUAUAGCCAGUCGUUUGUUAUGCUAUGGUUUGGGUUAGCGAGAGGUUGCAUAGCAACAAGAGUAUUUGUUAUGCUAUGGUUUGGGUUAGCGAGAGGUUGCAUAGCAACAAGAGUAUUUGUUAUGCUAUGGUUUGGGUUAGCGAGAGGUUGCAUAGCAACAAGAGUAUUUGUUAUGCUAUGGUUUGGGUUAGCGAGAGGUUGCAUAGCAACAAGAGUAUUUGUUAUGCUAUGGUUUGGGUUAGCGAGAGGUUGCAUAGCAACAAGAGUAUUUGUUAUGCUAUGGUUUGGGUUAGCGAGAGGUUGCAUAGCAACAGCAUCAUCUUCCGGUAGACAGGUGAAGCGCUUGUACAACACUCAACUGAAAGGAUACCGUUCAGAUACAGUAUACUAAAAUGAACUAAUAGUAUGUAGUGUACAGUAUGUUAGAAUGGGCAUUAAAACACAGCUCAUGACUUGCUACCAAACAUACUUUCUAACGUGUGUGCGCACAUGCAGCAUGGCGGUACCUUUUGUGCAGGACUGGGACCUGAUCCAGACGCUGGGAGAAGGAGCGUAUGGAGAGGUGAGGCUGCUGGUGAACAGACAAACAGGAGAGGCUGUAGCGGUGAAGGUUAUUGAUACGUCUCAGGGGAAGGAGUGUUCUGAGAACGUCAAGAAAGAGAUCUGCAUAAACAAGGUUCUGUCCCACCCUAACGUAGUGCGUUUCUUCGGCCACCGGAGGGAGGGGCCGACUGUCUAUCUGUUCCUGGAGUACUGCAGCGGUGGAGAGCUAUUCGACAGGAUUGAGCCUGAUUUGGGGAUGCCAGAGAGAGAAGCUCACAGGUUUUUCCAGCAGUUGAUGGCAGCUGUGGAAUAUCUCCACAGUGUAGGUAUCACCCACAGAGACAUCAAGCCCGAGAACAUUCUCCUGGACGACAAAGACAACCUGAAGUUGUCAGACUUCGGUCUAGCUACGAUGUUCCGUCACCGUGGGCGAGAGCGGCGUCUGAACAGGCUGUGUGGAACGCUUCCGUACGUCGCGCCUGAGCUGCUCAGCAAAUUAGAGUUCAACGCUCAACCAGCUGACGUCUGGGCCUGUGGCAUCGUCCUCACCGCCAUGUUGGCUGGAGAGUUGCCGUGGGACCAGCCCAGCGAGAGCUGCCAGGAAUAUUCUGAUUGGCUGCAGAAGAAGACCUACCUCUCCCCCUGGAAGAAGAUUAAACACACACCCCUCAGCCUCCUAUCUAAACUACUCCAGGCCUUGCCAGAAGAGAGGCUGUCUAUCUCAGAUCUCAAGACCGACCCAUGGUUCAGUCAGACCUUCACACCCUUAGCCUCUCACAACAAACUACUACUCUCUGACAGACUACUACGAGACAGGAACAACAGUGAUAGGGUGCAGUUCUCCAGCUCCCAGCCAGACCCAGCACUCGGUGUGUGGGAGGGAAGUGUGUGUGUCGGAGUGCAAGACCAGGUCAGCUUCUCUCAGCCGGCCAGACCAGAUAACAUGCUGCUGGGGAGUCAACUACUGGGCACGCCUGGAGCCAGCCAGACCCCGUGGCAGCGGCUGGUUCGGAGGAUGACGAGGUUCUUUACGACUCUGGACACUUCAGCUUCCUGCUCCGCUCUGAGGGACACCUGUAUCGACCUGGGCCACACCUUCAAACACACCUGCACCAACCAGGUAACAGUCAGUACUCUGGAUAGACGGAACAAUAAGUUGAUAUUUAAGGUUCAUCUGAUGGAGCUGGACGAGAGAGUUUUACUGGACUUCAGACUUUCCAAGGGCGAUGGUCUGGAGUUUAAGCGUCUCUUCCUGAAGAUCAAACAGAAGCUGAGUGACAUCAUCAGUACCCAGAGAAUACCACUUCCUGUCACAUGAUCAGUAGCCAUCUACAACAUGACAACAACACACAACAAAGACAUCAGGCGUGACAACAACAUCCUAGCAACACAAAUCCCCAAAACAUCCCCACCAGGAUAAUUC